GGCGAGUCUCAGGACGAGCAUCCAGACCCAUACCAGGACCGGAGAGAGCGAGAGGAAGAAUAGCAUCACGUCGCACUCCCCAACCGUCCAGCAGGCGCGUCGGUAGCCUCUCGUUAGCAGAUCGAGCCGAGCUGCCACGGCCACCCCACUAUCGUCAUCAAGAGGAAGAGGAAGAAGAAGGAGGAGGAGAAGGAGGAGGAGAAGAAGACGGGGCACAGGAGGCCGACCACUUUCUCUCCCUCCUAGAGGGGAUCCCCCCUUCGCCUUCACCACCUGAGCAGCCUCAAGAUCACCACUGGCCCGAGCAAUCCCUGUCCUACCAGCAGACCCGCGAGCCGCACGUCUCACACCACUCCACCCACAUUCACCAUACGCUUCCCCUUCGUCUUCGCGACACACCACCGCAGACUCGACCAUCGUCGCCGUUCUCGUCGCGUCUACCCCCCCAACCUCACCAGCAAGAGCAGGACAACGACUACCACUCGCCGGAGGACGGACACUUGUCGCAGCUGCCUCUGCUCUUGUCAUCGUCGUUGUACACUGGAGCAGUGCACGACACUUCCCGACUUGCCAAGAUGGAUCGCGACCCGCGAAGUAGAAGAUACGAUGACGGAGAAGUCACUAGAUACGGCGCUGGCGAGUCGUAUCGUCCGUUCAACUCGAACCGCUCUCCGCGGCGCGCCCGAACCCCCCCCAGGGAGCGCGCCCGAACCCCGCCGCCCCUGGACAGCGACCGUUACAUCCCCGGCCGACGUCGCUCGCGAAGCGCGGAUAGAUACCGGCGAGAGCUCUCGAGAGACCGCCGCGACACCAGGGAGCUAGGCGACAGCUGGAGACGACGGGACAGAAGCCGCAGCCUUCGCAGAAGCCCGCCCCGACGAUCCCCUCCUCGACGCAGUCCCCCCAGGCGAAGUCCCCCACCACGCAGAUUCUCCCCGCGACGGGAUGACAGGGACCGCCUGCGCUCUCCUCGGCGGGGCUUCGACUCAAGACGACGAUCGAGAUCCCCGUUCGAGAGAGAUCGCGGUCGAGCCCGGACGCCACCUCGCCGGUCCCCUCCUCCUCCGAGAGCCAAUACCUACAGAGCUCGGUCUCGCAGUCCGGACCGACGCGAUGAUCGCUACGGUCCUUCGUAUAGCAACAGCAAUAAUAACAACGCCAAUACUACCAGCAACACCAGCAACAACAGACGCCCUUCGCCUCAUCGUGAGCCCCCGGUGUCUGCGGCGGUUCCGCCCCAGGACGCCUCCCGCAAGUCCUCACCUCACCCUCCGCCCCCAGCCCGCCGCGACGACCGCUCACGCCCACCAACACCCCUUCCCUCGAGGCCGCUAUCUAGAUCCUCGCACGGCGUGCCAGCCGCUAGAGAGAAGGAAAGCCCCUCGAAGCCCCCCGCCGCCACCGCCGCACAGGAGCCUCCCGCCCCCCCCAGAUCUCCACCGCGCGGCCCCGCCGCUUUUCGAGCACCGCCGACCGGUCCUCGAGAUACUCGCAGUUACGGCAGCCAGCCUACGGGGGCAAUAGGGCCGCCCGCCCGCCCGCCGCCUCCCGCUGCGCCCCCGGCAGCGCCGGGUCGACAGGAUAGUAACGGGCCUACCACCCCUGCUCCGCCAUCGGGCCCCCGCGGAUAUGUGGCUACUCGGGGAGGCGGUUACGGUCGCGGUGGCGGCGGCAGCAGCGGCAGCGGUCGAGGAGGAGGGAGUGCGGGUUGGGGCAGCGCGAUACAGAGCCGAAAUCUGCCGCCGGCCGCGACCCCAGCCUCGGCUUCAUCGGCAACGGGCUCCAAUAACAUCCCCACAGGCCCCCGUGCGGGUUCAUCGUCGUCCGCGUCCGCGUCCGCAUCGCAGCCUCAGCCGCAGUCGCAGUCCCAAUCUGUACCCUCCACACCUGUGGGCCAGUCGAAGCCGUUCAACCCACCCAAGGGCCCGGCGGCCGAUAGUAGCGGCGGUGGUGGACGGCUAAGCCUCGCGCAGCAGCACCUCGCGAGCUUACCGCCGAUCAUACCGGGCGGGAAGGUAGAUAACAGCGGUAGCAACGGUACCCACCACGGCCACCAUCAGCCGCACCACGGCGGUCACGCCAACAUUGCGACGGCCGCUGGCGCCGGCAGCAACGCGACGGUCUCCGCGGCGGUCGCAGGCGUGGCGCCGGAGCUACAAGCGCACUACCUGCAGCUGCGCGAGGAAGAGGAGCGACUGCGAGCGGAGAAGUACGCCAAGGAGGAGAAGCUGCGGCGCAGCCUUGCAGCGUGGGACCGGUCGGAGCGCGAGGCGCGAGUGCUAGAGCUCCGGACGGAGCUUAGCGAGGCCGGCGUCAAGAAGUUUGCGGGCGAAGGGGUGGGCGGCGCGGCUUUCUAGUCAGGGGGCUUGUCGCUGUAUUUUUUUUUUCUCUCGUUCUCCCCCACCGAAAAAUUAGAAAAAUAGGAGCAAGGCACUAUGGCUUCGGCUUGGUGCGUGGUAGAGGCGGGUAUGAGAACCGUAUGAACUGACGGACGGACGGACACGAGAGAGGCCGAGGGAAAUAAAUGAAGAAGGGGGGAGACGCGGGUGGGGCGGAUACAGAAGAGAUUGACACGGGAGAGGGAGAGAGAAGGGAUCCGCGAAGCCGAAGUCGCAACUGAUCCCCGGGUCCGAUUCCGGGUCCCGGAUUCUCGGUACGAGGAAGGGGGGAGGCAGAGACGGAAAGCAGCAAGGAGAGGAGAGACGUGGGGGGGGCGAAGGGUGGGUAAUAGAGGGAUGCGUAAUGAGGGACGGACGACAGCGCCGCGAUGCCGCUGUACUGUGAGGCAUGCCGCUGCCGUCCGCAUCACUUGCGGCCGCGGCCGAGGUUCGGGAGGAGAGGCUGCGAUUAGCGGUAGGGAGCGGUAGGUAGCGUGGUGCCGUGUAGAUACAAAUACGAUCGCUAUCAUCAUCGUUAGGUACUAGCACUAACUACUCUGCGAAAUCGCAGAACUUGCUGUCGGUGUUA